AUGCUGGCAUCAGAUUCCAGGGCUCGCAACGGAGUAGAGAAUGCAAUAUUAGUGGUUGAUCCUCCGAUAGCAGACAGACAGACAGAGGCCAAGGACUCGUCUCUACAUGAACCUAAGCUCAGCAUUCAGGUAACUGAUUCGAUAACGGCAGCUCUCAGCGUUCUCAGAGAGAAGAGCCCGGGCCAGCAAUACCACUCUCAUAAUAGAGUAGGUAUCCUGAACAUGGCAUCACCACUCCGGCCGGGCGGUGGGGUUCUGAACGGAGCUACUUCCCAGGAAGAGUUCCUUUGUCUCCGCACGACGUUAUACCCGUCAUUAAAGGAAUCUUUCUACCGCUUACCGGAGGUCGGCGGCGUGUGGACACCAGAUGUUCUGAUAUUCCGUUCUGGUGAUUCACCUGGAACUGACUUGGAGAAGGGAGAGAGACGCCACGUUGGGGUUUUGAGCGCAGCAAUGUUACGGUUUCCUGAUAUCGACGAUGAUGGGGCUGGUUAUGCAAACGAGAAAGACAGAGGGACCGCUGAGGCUCAGAUGAGGGCUACCAUGAGGAUAUUCCAUGCCCAAAAUAUCAACCAUGUCAUUCUGGGUGCUUGGGGAUGUGGUGCGUAUGGUAAUCCUAUUAAGGAGAUUGCCUCGUUAUGGAGGAAAGUUCUACGAAACGGCCCUCAACAGGAACCCUGGGCCGGGGUGAAGGAAGUCAUAUUUGCCAUCCGAGAUAACUCGACCGCCGAAGAAUUCGGUCAGUGGUUCGGUGACGACCUGGUGAUAUCUCGACAGCCUGAAGUAAGCGUAGAAGAAGAUGAGGACGCAGAUGACACGGCCAGCAUGGAACUCGAGCUUAAAAUCGCUGAUAUCAAGGUUCAAAUCAGCAAUGCGAGAACUCCGCUUCUUCGCACUGGGCUGGAGGGGAUCCUGAACAGUUUAGAACGUCAGCUUCACGGAUAG